AUGUUCCUUCUUAUCUCCUUAUGCAUGUGGAGCAGAAAGAAGCGUCCUCCUCUUACGUUGACCCUCCUCUUUAGAUUUUUCCUCCUUGGCUUGUUCGGAAGAGGUUUGUUAAUGUUUGGGUACGUGGGGCUCAAGUACAGCUCUCCAGCUCUGGCUGCUGCUAUGGCCAACCUUGUGCCCGUUUUUACUUUCGUCAUUGCCAUAUCUACUGGGAUGGAGAAGAUAGACAUCGGAACCUCAAGCAGUAUAGCAAAAUCUCUGGGCACUUUAGUGGCAGUAUCUGGGGCAUUUGUGGUGACUCUUUAUAAAGGCCCAGAAAUCAUUGGUGCGUCACAUUCUAGUUUACAUUCUCAGGAUCAUAUGCCCCAGACAUCGAAUUGGGCUCUUGGAGGCCUUCUGUUUGCCAUUAGUUUCUGCUCUGCUGCUACUUGGACCAUUUUGCAGGGGACAUGUGAAGUGAUAUUAUAG